GGGGUUGGGAGAGAGAGAGAGAGAGAGGGGGAAGCAUUUCGGCGACGUAUCGGCACUGGGAUUAGCUUGAAACCAGUGAUAGUACACAAACCAUUCAGACAAGUUGUUUGAUAUCAGCGGGAGCGAAGGAUAUUCACGUCGUGUUAAGCUGUCUAUCGCAGUAUGACCGAGACCACGGAAAGCCUUCAGAAAUACGAGGAGCUGUUUGCCCACAGAUUCUCAUCGGAGGACCGUGAGUACCAGCAGUAUCUGAACCGGCCUGCAGACCCCCCACCCAUCGUCGAGGACUGGAGGAGUCGUGGAGGAGGCAGAGGCAGGGAUAACAGGUACCAGGACCGCCGUGGAGGUCGUGGUUGGGGAGGAGGAGGAGGCCGAGGUUGGGGAGGAGACAGGGGUUGGAGAGGGGACAAUCGUGGGCAGCAACACUGGCACGACAGAGAUAGAGACAGAGAUAGAGACCGAGAUAGAGACAGAGACAGAGACAGAGACAGAGAUGGUAACCGAGAAAGAGACAGAGAGAGAGACAGAGACAGAGACAGAGAUAGAGAUAGAGAUAGAGACAGGUACUCGGGGCAUGGAAGUGGGUAUCAGUCAGGCCCUGCAAGCUCCAACCAGGGAUACGACUCCCAUCAUCAGAGACCACAUUAUGACCGCUACUGAUCUUUACUGUAAUCUCUCAGGUGUCGUCAGUAUUUAAAGUAUUCACAGUCUGAUAACUUGCAUUGCAAUAACACAUAUGGCAAUGUGCAACUGUUAACUGUUUUAAUUUGUAUGACACAUUUCCACAGACUCAUAAGCAAUGGCUGAGCAAUAUAUCAAUAUUAACAAUAUGCUGUCCAUCAUUGUAACUGUGUGGAACUUUUUCAAUAUUGUGCCACAAUUUCACUGUCUGAAUUAAAAAUACUAAGAAGAUGUGACAACGGAAAAUGUUUGACUUAGCAAAACACUGUAAUUCCUCAUCUCGAUUCAUUCUGCUCAGCCCUGUAAUUAUAUUUUCUGAUGACAUUUCGGGGAAGUUAUGAUAAGAACAUACAUUAUUUUCUCUUUUUAAUAUUUCAGGUAUGUGGGCUGUUUUUUUUUUAACAAUAUUUGGUUAUGACAUUAUAUCUAGGUAAUAUAACUAUGGAGCUUCAUCUUUAACAUGUUUUGAUAUCAGGGUGUCAUAAAUUAUACAGUACAGUAUUGUUGCAAAUGGUGAGAGAAUAUUUUUAAUGCAGCUUUAUUUUUCUGUGUUACAACAUUAUAUAUGGAUACUUUUGAACUGAGCUGUUGUCAAUAAACCUGUAUUUUCUUAA